AUGGCUACUAAAAUGGAGAAGUUUGCUACCAUGGUUUUGAUUUGCUGUUUACUUUUAUUCUUCUCUUUACCAGUGAUGUCUCGAGAAGUUGAAGAUGAGAGUGAGUUUAAUUACGAUGAAGAGAGCGAGAAUGGACCCUCUCAUUGGGGAGAAUUACACCCUGAGUGGAGUUUGUGUAACAAUGGAUCCAUGCAGUCACCAAUUGAUCUAUUGAAUGAGAGGGUUGAAAUAGUAUCCCAUCUAGGGAGGCUUCAGAUGAAAUACCAACCCUCCAAUGCCACUAUUAAGAAUAGGGGCCACGAUAUCAAGCUCGAUUGGGCUGCUGGUGCAGGUUUUCUUCAGAUUAAUGAAACUAAGUAUGUACUCAACCAAUGUCAUUGGCAUUCUCCCUCUGAACACACCAUAGAUGGCCAAAGGUUUGAUCUAGAGUUACACAUGGUGCACGAAUCUCCUUCUGGACAAACAACUGUUAUAGGAAUACUGUACAAGAUUGGAGGACCAGAUUCUUUCCUUUCAUCGUUAACAAGUCAUUUAAAGGCCAUUUCUGAUAAGACUGAAGCAGAAAGAGUGGUGGGUGUGGUUGACCCUAGGCAAAUCAAAAUUUUCUACAAGCAGUAUUACAGGUACAUGGGUUCGCUGACUAUUCCUCCUUGCACUGAGAAUAUUUCUUGGACCAUCGUUAGAGAGAUACAAUCGGUUUCAAAGGAACAGGUUGAAUUGCUCCGAGUCGCAGCUCAUGAUGAAUCAGAUACAAACGCAAGGCCACUGCAACUAAUAAACAACCGCUUGCUGCAACUUUAUAGGCGACAAUAUUAUUAA